CUGCACUACGGGACCCUCCUGGGCAGCAGAGCUUGUGUCCACAUGGCAGCAGCUGCUUGGGGCAGUGGUUUUCUCAGUGCUGUCCUGCACACGGCCAAUACAUUUUCCAUACCACUCCGCCAAGGCAAUGCUGUGAACCAGUUCUUCUGUGAAAUCCCCCAGAUCCUCAGGAUCUCCUGCUCGCUCUCUUACUUCAGGGAUUUUGCAGUACUUGUGGUUACUGUCUGUUUAGUGUUGGGAUGUUUUGUUUUCAUCGUGCUGUCCUAUGUGCAGAUCUUCAGGGCCGUGCUGAGGAUCCCCUCUGAGCAGGGACAGCACAAAGCCUUUUCCACAUGCCUCCCUCACCUGGCCGUGGUCUCCCUGUUUAUCAGUACUGGCACAUUUGCCUGCCUGAAGCCCCCCUCCAUCUCCUCUCCAUCCCUGGACCUGGUGGUGGCAGUUCUGUACUCGGUGGUGCCUCCAGCAGUCCUCCGGGACUUCAGUGGCAUCACUGAUGGCUUGAACCACCCCACAAUCUGCUGGGACGGCAGCAGGGCUGAGCACAAGCAACCCAGGAGAUUCCCACAGGGUGUGGAAGACAGCGUUUUGACACAGACACUGGAUGAGCUGACGAGGGCUGGUCUCUUACUGACAGACAGAGCAGAUCUGGCUGGGGAUGGGAAAGAUGAGGGCAGCCAUGGCUGCAAUGACCAUGAGCUGGUGGAGAAGCAGGACAACUAA